AUGGCCUUGCCCUUCUCUUCGCUGCUGGCCCUGCUGGUGCUCAGCUCCAAGUCCCUCUGCUCUCUGGGCUGUGAUCUGCCUCAGACCCACAGCCUCAGUGACGGGAGGUCCUCCAUGCUCCUGGGACAAAUGAGGAGAGUCUCCCCUCUCUCCUGCUUGCAGGACAGACAUGACUUUGAGUGCCCCCUGGAGGAGUUGGGUGGACACCAGGCCCAGAGGACACAGGCCAUCUCUGUGCUCCACGAGAUGACCCAGCAGCUCCUCAACCUGUUCAGCACCAAGGAGGCGUCUGCUGCCUGGGACAAGGCCCUCCUGGACAGACUCUGCACUGGACUCUUCGAGCAGCAGAGUGACCUGGAGGUCUGCAUGAUGCAGGGAGCGGGGGCAGAGGAAAUGCCUCUGAAGCAUGAGGACUCCGCAUGGGCUGUGAGGAAAUACUUCCAAGGAAUUGUUGUCUAUCUGGCAGAGAAGCAAUACAGCCCUUGUGCCUGGGAGGUUGUCAGAGCAGAAGCCAGGAGAGCCGUCUCUUUAUCAAGAAUCUGGCAAGAAAGAAUUUGGAGCAAGGAAUGAGACCAGGGCCAACACGGAAAUGAUUCCUGUUGACAAAAACACAUAUCACACCUGAGCAAAUU